CUUCCGGGGCGGCCAUUUUCUUUCAUCGCUCGAGGACCUCGUGCGUGAGGAGUGUCGCUUGGCGUCUCCGCCGUUUUUGCCGAAAGUUCUGCAGGCCACCCGGGGCUGCCCUCCUGAGACUUUUGCUUUUCCACAAGGAGGAAAAGAGGUCGCAUGAUGACCACUGUGUCCAAACCCGAGGACUCACAGGUUUUUGAUGAUGUGGAAGUGCCCUUCUCGGAGAAGGAAUGGACCGGCUUGAAGCCUACCAAGAAGGCCCUGUAUGCAGAAGUGAUAGCAGAUAAUUAUAGGACCGUGGCUUCCCUGGCUGCAGCAUCCAUGAACAGACAAGAUCCGAACUUUGAGCUGGAGCAAGAGAGGGAAGCCCUAAUCAGGAGAGGCUGGGAAGCAGGCCUUGCCGAUUAUAUCUUAAAACUAAGAAGAUACACUCGCCUAGUUUACAGAUACUUCGUCCGAUAGGAUGUGAAGAUUUCUGGAAAUCCUCAGUGCUGAGCAGACAAGACAAAAGUUUAAUUCUUGACCUUUUCCUCUUUUCCACGUAAGAAGUUAAGAACCACCUUAAACUAUGGCAACUUUACAUUUUCUUUUUUUCUGUAAAUGCUCGGAUUUCCACAGAUUUGGUGUUCAUUAAAGUUACUCUUUCUGUCAUGCAAA